AUGGCCCCAGCCCUGCAAACAACAGACACCACGACCCAUCACGCCGCCGAGUCGCAUCCAAACGAGGUCGUGCCUCCUUAUCACAAUGGCGCACAAGCCCACUCCUCGUCCGCCGACAACGAUGUCAACCCCGAUGCCGGAGCAGACCCUUCAACCGUCAUGCGCAAGCUCAUGAAGGGAAAGGACAAGGAAUGGGAUGCUGUCGUGUCCGUUCGCUCGGCGAAGAAGAAGCUCACCCUGCUUGAGCUGCCUGUGGACAUCUUGAGGCUGAUUAUUAAAGAGGCAAGUCGGCCGCCAACUCCCGCUUCAAUACCGUUUGACAUUGUCUGGCCUGACGCCACACAAAUGACGACGUCCGACUCCAAGAGCGUCGAUGCCCUCACCUAUGGCCUUUCCACCAUCUGCCUCGGCAGCUCCUUCGCCCGCCGCACCCGCAAGAUGCUCUACCCAGGCUACACACCUAGCUACGGCCCCGCCGUCCGACGACAGAAGAAUGACUACGCCAAGUACACGAGAAAGUUUUCGUUGGGAAACGGCCCGCACGACUGGGUGGCGGAAUACAUGAUAUCAAAGGAGAGCGGCAAGAUGCUGGGCACGCUGGUGGCGCUGGCUAUUGAGAAGAUGGUCAACCUCGAGACCUUUGUCUGGGAUAUGCCGACUGGCGUUCUGUCUGACAUCUUCAUGGCGUUGGCGUCCAUUCCAGAGCAGUGCCCGGAUGGCGAGUCGAAGCUCGAAAAGGUCUGGGUGAGAUGGCACGACAACUCCGAGAGUUCGAGCUCUUCGGCAUCCUCGAGCCCCCCUCCGCCAAACCCGCCCCAUGCGACAGUGCCCGCCGGCAGCAACCUCACUGCGAUCGGUAUCCUGAUUCCCUCGGACGCUGUCCAUCCGACACCGCGGGCUGCGAUACCGUAUGCGGAAACCCGAGUCGAGUUCCCUACCUUCAGCGUCCUGCCUCCGGUCAAGAGUUUGACUGUUUUGGACAUUGACGAGCUCGCUUAUCUGGAUGAGAUGGCAAUAGUCAUUGAACGAUCCAAAGACCGUCUGCAAGAAUUGCGCGUGGGCAUAUCCCCGAAGGCCAUUUACAAGGACUUUGUUCAGACAUGGGAUGGACCCGACUUGCGGCAAAUUGACCGGGAUGCUAGAUGGCCUGGCGAAAGCACCAUUGGCGAGAGAAGGCUGGGCGGAGUCUUGGGCGUUCUGGUCGGCCGAAUUUAUGACAUCCGUCGGAAGACAACCUCGAGGUCCAAGGAAAAGGCUCCUGUGUCGUCCUCCUAUGGGACACAGCAGACGGACACAGCUCCCGAUUCGGACUCCGUAGAGACUUCUACCACACUAGGAGACCCCGAGAAUACGGGGACAGACGACCUGCAAGCGGACGUUGCAGUCGAGUCGGGUCAGGCCGCGGACCUUUUGACAGGAACAGGAUUUGCCUCGAGCACCAAUGAGGAUGGCAAUGGCAGGCCGAUGGAAGACGUGCAAUUCGAGAAGGAGCCUGCGACUGGCGACAUCAAUGCCAGUGAGGCACCGUCCGGUUUGUCACGGAAGAGAUUGGACGGCAAGCUCAAGCUACGUACGCUCGAGCUAGAGAGAGUUCCUCUGUCAAUUCAGGUUUGCUGCCAGGCGAUCGACUGGACAGUCUUGACGACACUGACUAUACUUGAAUGCGCCCAGCAUGAGCAUCUCUGGAAGGCUCUGCGGAGGCAAUUCGCCCCCACUCCGAUAACGAGACUCGGGUCUCAUCAUCACCAGAUCGGCCCUCACAAGCAGGCCAUGGAGUAUCACCUCAGCCUCAAGAGCAUUCACACCGACGUGACUUCGACUUCUCUCAUCAGCUUCCUCAGGGACACCUUGGCACCAAACAGCCUGGAAGUCCUGUUCUUGCAGGAUCGGAGACGAGCCAGUGGCCCGCCGGCCGUGACUAUUGAGCAGAUCUUUAAGGGAGUCAUCAAGAAGCAUCGGUCGAGCUUGCAAAAGGUGCUCCUCGACAGUUCGGAUCGGAAGCGCAGUAACAGUAAUGCACCGACGGAUGCCUCCCGUUGGCGCAACUGGGUGCUGCCGACAGACAUGCUGCUUUACAUGACGAGCGGGCGCAUGGCGAACAUCAGGGAACUCGCUGUCUCCCUGUACUACAAAGAUUGGAGGCUGCCGAAUGUUCCGCAAUUACGGUCACUUAACCUGCAACACAUCGCCGAUCACAUACUCGGCAAUUUCGACUCAAGAGAGUUGGCCCUGCAGCUGGUGGACAUCAUAACUCUGCGCCCUGAAAUCCAGCUCUGCUACGUGGGCAUUUCAACUAAGUGUUUCGAAAUCCUGGAGAGCAAGCCGGUGGAGGAGGGCGGUGCUUCAACCACGAGCGUCACGGCCGAUCACGGCGUGAUGGGACACGACUCCGGGAUCGACGGGGAGGACGACGAGGACGAUGAGGAGGAUGGCACGGACGACGAGACGGCGAGCCAAGUGGACGAGGAUACCUCCGAAGAGGAGGCAGAGGACGAUGAUACCCCGGCGAGUGCGGUAGACGUGGAGGACUCGCAGUCGGAGGCGUCCGUCGGGGCACAGGACUCGGACGACGACGAUUCGAUGCGUGACGUCGAUUGCGGCCAUUCGCGGCCACGUCUCCGGCUUCGCGAGAUUCUGUUUUAUGACGACAAGGUGGCAAUCUUCAAGGCUCGGCACGGGAGACUGUAA